AUGGCGACCGACAUGUGCACGAGACGACUCCGCAAGGAGCUCAAGGCGCUCCAGAAGGACCCAAUGAAGAGCCCCAAGAUCACAGUGAUGCCCCGGGAAGAGAAUAUAUUGGAGAUGCACUAUGUCAUUGAGGGGUCUGAGGACUCUCCUUACGCCGGUGGAAUUUAUCACGGAAAGCUGGUGUUUCCUGCGACGUACCCACUGAAACCUCCCUCUGUCAUUAUGUUGACUCCAUCAGGGCGAUUCCAGCCCAACCGCCGUUUGUGUCUGUCGAUGAGUGACUUUCACCCAGAGACUUGGAACCCUGUCUGGUCAGUGGAAACCAUUCUGGCAGGCCUCUACUCGUUCAUGGUCGAGACCGCUCCAACCUUGGGCAGCGUGGAAACAUCGACACGACAAAAGAGACAAUACGCACAACAAAGUCUGGCAUACAAUGUCCGAGACCCCAUGUUCCAACAGCUCUUUCCGGAAUACGUUGAACAAUACCAGAAAAUUAUGGACGAACGUGGAGAGGAAGUCAAUACAUUGGCCACUUCCGAGUCGGCGGAGCGCCGCAACAAUGAGGGUAUUGAAAUUCAAGGAAUCUUUGCCACUGCGGCGGGGCUUGUGGCGCUCUUGUCUAUUUUCUUUGCCAUGCGCUUUCUCUGA